AAUUACCUCAACUUGCGGGGAAAAAGGAUUUUCUACAGGCGUUACAAAGCAACGGGUUCAUUAGUCAACACACAAGGGAUGCGGGCAAAGCAUCGCACAUUGGACACUGCAUCCAUCCCGAGCCAUCUCUCGUGGGAAAUUGUACUCGCUCAUAUUCACACAUACACGCCUUUGCUGAAGCAUAACGCAGUUUUCGUGAGCUUCUCCGCGACAACGCCUGACUUUGGGCUGGUGCAAAGCGAGCCCUUUUUCGGGCCGCCCAAUAGCAGUGUCCAGAGCUUUCUUUGCUUCCAGCGGCUUGAGUUGGCUCCGGGUCUAACGCAGGAUGAGGAAUGGCCUAUCACAUUUCUGGGAAUCAAGAAUGGUGUUCGUGCUCGCGUGGAUGCUAGAGCAGGUGUUACUGUAUGGAUCGAGUGUCUGGUUCGUCGACCGCCGAACCCCGGUGCACCGAGUACACCAGGUACUUUGACGGAUGAGUGGGAGCUUUAUGAGGAGGUCGUUGUUGAGUCGAACACUCUUCUUAUGCCUUUUGUCUCGCGGAUGACGGACUGGGCGAAUCAUGGAAUUUGUCGGAGGAUUAUGAAUGACAUUUUGAGCAAUUAUUGCGUUCAAGUGAGGAAAGCUUAG